AUGGCUAGUAUCACAACAAACGCCUUGAGGCAGGCAGGUCGCCUCUGCAGGCACUCAACAUUUUCCGCGACUCCUUCGCGAGGCCUUUCCUCAUUAUCAAGGGUGGCGACAGUCCCAGCUCAGAGAUUAUCUCAGCAGCGCAGAUAUGUUUCGGAAACGAAGCGUGAUAAUGCGCAGGUUAACGUCGAAACCGCCAUCAAACUCGACAAGAAGGACUUCAUCGAUGUCGUCCCUCAGUCACCAGAUGCCUCAAACGUCAUGGUUAGCCCCAUGGCGGAGGUUCUGAAGCAGGUCACCACCAUGGAGGAGGGCCAGCGGCCCAUCUACCUCGACAUGCAGGCGACGACCCCCGUCGACCCCCGCGUCCUCGACGCAAUGCUCCCCUACUACACCGGCAUCUACGGAAACCCCCACUCGAGGACACAUGCGUACGGCUGGGAGAGUGAGGAGGCUGUCGAGACUGCUCGGUCGCACAUUGCCAAGCUCAUCGGCGCUGACUCGAAGGAGAUCAUUUUCACCAGCGGCGCAACCGAGAGCAACAACAUGAGCAUCAAGGGUGUCGCUAGGUUCUUUGGCAGGUCUGGAAAGAAGAAGCAUAUCGUUACGACCCAGACCGAGCACAAGUGCGUCCUCGACAGCUGCAGGCAUCUCCAGGACGAAGGUUUCGAGGUCACAUAUCUGCCUGUCAAGAGCUCCGGCUUGAUUGACAUGGAAGAGCUCAAGGCAGCCAUCCGCCCCGACACUGCCGUUGUCAGUAUCAUGGCGGUCAACAACGAGAUUGGUGUUAUCCAACCUCUCGAGCAGAUUGGAAAACUUUGCCGGGAGAGGAAGACAUUUUUCCACACCGACGCAGCGCAAGCCGUCGGCAAAAUCCCGCUGGAUGUCAAUGCCAUGAACAUUGACUUGAUGUCCAUCUCAUCUCACAAGAUAUAUGGUCCCAAGGGUAUUGGAGCUUGUUAUGUUCGACGUCGCCCCAGAGUGAGGCUCGACCCUAUCAUUAGCGGUGGCGGCCAGGAGAGAGGCCUGCGAAGCGGCACUCUCGCCCCGCCUUUGAUUGCCGGUUUCGGCGAGGCGUGCCGCAUCGCAUACGAGGAGAUGGAGUACGAUUCGAAGCGCAUCAAGUACCUCUCCGACCGACUUCUCAACGGCCUCCUGGCUUUGGAGCAUACGUCCCAGAAUGGUGACCCUGAGCACUUCUACCCUGGAUGUGUCAAUGUCUCCUUUGCGUAUGUUGAGGGCGAGUCUCUGCUCAUGGCCCUGAAGGACAUCGCUCUUUCUUCCGGCAGUGCUUGCACGUCUGCCUCCCUCGAGCCCAGUUACGUUCUUCGUGCAUUGGGCAACAGCGACGAGAGUGCCCACAGCAGUAUCAGGUUCGGUAUUGGUCGCUUUACGACCGAGCAAGAGAUCGAUUACGUGCUGAAGGCCGUGAAGGAGAGGGUGGACUUCCUUCGUGAGCUCAGCCCUCUGUGGGAGCUGGUUCAGGAGGGUGUUGACCUCAACACUAUUCAAUGGAGUCAGCACUGA